UUGGGGAAGGGGGUCCCACAAGUUGAGGCGACCUUCCUGGCGUUAGGGGUGUUCACAUACGGCUUCAGCGCCGGGUUCUUCAUGUACUGGCAGAGGCAGGGCCUCUGCUCUUUGAUCUUGGUGCAGCACAGCUUCGACGGCGGGGUCGACGAUCUGAUCGCCGACACGCACGAGCUCAGCUGCAAUGGGCUGCAAGUGACCGCGGCCGCCACCCCACCGCCGCCUGCCGCCGCGACUACCACCGCCACCAUCAAGAUCCACCACAUGAUGGACCCAGAGAGUUUAGGAGCCGAGGAAGAUUUGAUCGAGGUGGGAGGACUGAGGACAGGGUUAUUGCUCUACUCCACUAUAUAUAGAGGAAGAAAGUGGUUGUGUGGUCCACAGACGACUCAGCCGAUUGUGAAGAGCCCAGUGGUCGAGAAUCCAUCGUUGUUGAUGGCGUCGGACGAAGAAGCCGCAGACGAGGGGCGAAGCAAAGAGAAAAACAGAUCCCAAUACUCAAAACCGGGAACAAGCAUAGUGGGAGCUAGAAAUCGAAGUUCAAUGCAUAUCAUCUUCCGCAAACCUUCAGCGCCUGCGGCGUCGCCGUCGAGCACCGUUCAAGCCAGACCCCGACGAGAGCACCGAGGCGACGAAACCCAUAGAGGAAGAGGCGGCAACGAGAUCCCAUCUGCUGUUAGAAUGGAGUUGUUCGACAAGCUGAAAAAGCCGCCUGUGAAGCAGCCGAUGGAGAGCAACCCAAUCGAUGAGAAUCCACUUUUGGUAGUAGAGUCGGAUGAAGAUGAAGACUCAGAGAAAGUCCCUGCUGCUGAAGAACCACAAAUAGGGUCGUCGCCCUACACUACUCUGCCCGUGAAGAAGCUUUCUUUGUUGUUAAGAUGA